GGGAACCCGGGGACAUUUGUUUGCGGGAGCGGCUAAAGAUGGCGGUGGGGGAAGGGUCGGUUGGACGGGCUGAGUUUGAUGCUAAUUUGUUGUUGCAUCCAGAGCUUCUGUCCGGGGAGUUUCUCCUGCAGCUCUUAGAGCAGAGGGAAAUAGCUACAGAGAACCUGCAUGAUGCAGAGAAGGAUCAGAUUGUCGAAGUGUACAUUCAGCAUGUCAUUCCAUUGCCACAGAGGGAGUUGCCCAAGAACAGAUGGGGAAGAAAGAUGGCUGAGAAAAGAGAACAGGCCAUUUGUGCGACACAGAGUAUAAGACCAACAUCGGAGGCUUCAAGAAAAAGACCUCUCAUUGUGUUUGAUGGCAGCUCUACAAGCACGAAAAUAAAACUCAAAAAGAAUGAAAAUGGAAUGGCUGAUCAAGUGAAACAAGCAGGGAUUUCUGACAUGAGUCCCAGUAAUAAAUUUCCUGUCCAGCCAAGUGAUACACACAUUCUGACUGAUAAUAAUGCAGUCAAAAAUCCAGUUCGAGGUGCUGUAUCUACCAAUGGUAUGGCUACCAUGAAACAUGGAGGUGACAUGCCUUUGAAAACUUCACCUUUGCCAUGCCCAACAUCUCCUGGAGGCACCAAUCCCAUAAAACUAAAGCGAACGCUUCCAAAAGAUGGAGAGGGAGAUCCACCAGGGGAGUUAAGAUCUGCAGAGCCAAAGAGAAAGAUUCAACAUAUUACUUGGCCAUAAAAUCCACCAGUCCUAAUAUUCCAGGGAAGGUGUUUUAUUUAUAUUUAUGAUUUAGGCAUGCCAACAAGCCUCUUGGAAAUGGCAGUCUAAUAAACAAACUGGAAAUGAUGUUAUACUAUUUUUAAAAAGAUCACAUGACCAAUUUUGGUUCAGUAAAAUAGCCCAAGUACUGGGUUGCAUCCCCCACUAAGCAAUUUUGUACUACAGUACAAUUUAUACAUUCUGUACAACAAUGGAUUUUUUGAUUCAGCUUUCUGUUUGUAAAAGGUUCCAAUAAUAAUCUUUCGACUAGAAAAUAAAUAUCUCAUGUAGCAUAUCAGAUGUGGUACAUCACUUUAUGCAUAAUUACUGCAUAAAUUAUUAGGUCUACAUAUAACUGCAUGAACAGUAGGUGUAAAUCUAAGACUCAUUUUUAAUGUUGUAAUAAUGGUUAAAGAGCAACAUUCUGGCUUUUGUUAAUUUUAUACUCUAUUUUUCCAUAUGAACUCAGAUUAGUUUCCAAAAUAAACUCCAUAAGCAUUUUGUGUUGCAAACCAAGUCCCAAGUAAAACACAUAAAAGUUGAUGGCUCUGUUGAGCAGAAAUGGUGACAGGAGGGUGCAUAAGAAUAAAUCCAAUGAGAACAGGCAGUGUUUCAUUGAUUACCUUAUUCUGCUGGAAAUGUAAACUUGUUGCUAUCUAUUGGUUUAUCGAAGGGCAUAUUGUCAACACAAAUUUUAAAUAAAGUUCAUAAGACUUUUUUAUUUCUGAAAUUGUUACAUUGUAUUCACAUGCAUGUGCAUAUUAGGAAAUUCCCUUAGUAUUUUGAAACCCUUUUGCAAAUUAUUAUGUGUUUUCCUGUCUGCAGUUCCUGGAUUCUUAUCAAAACUUAUAAACUAACAGCCCUGUAUACAAACAGCCAUAAGUCUGUGUAAAUGUUUUUCUUGUGUAACAGUUUGCCCCAUUGAAGAAAGGCAGAUAAGGGAUCCAUGUGGAAACAAAGAAUUUUCAUUUAUAUAGUAUAUGAUGACAUUGUAUCCUAAUGUAUGUCACAUGUUGAAUUACUUUGCCAUCACUUUAGUGAGACACAGAUGCAAAUGACAUAUUGAAUAUAAUGGCUAUCCAAUAAGAAGUUCAGAUUAAAGUGCAAGUGAAAGACUUCAUUAUGUUAUGGUUAGGUGCCUUUUAGGUAAGUAGUUCCUGUGGUAUAUAUUUUUAUAUUUUAUUGAAUUGUUGUGUUCUUCAGGAUGUUUGAUAUUAGUAGUUUGGAAUGUGAAAUGGCUUUUCAUUUUAGUGUCCCAGAAUUGGUAUCAAACAUUCCCACAUCAAAUAUGUCACAGCAACUGCCCCUAAGUGUGCCUCAACAAUGUGCCUUAACUUUCAGAAACACACACUGAUGACAUCAAUAUGGCACUUCUAUGUCUGUGAAUAAUUAUCCUAAUGCUCUGAGAAAGUUUGUUAAUUAGUGUCAAAACAGAUAUGGUGCAAUAACCCAAUCAGACAAAUUAAGGUGAUUCUGCUAGAAGUUGGUUUUUGUAGCAAAGUCCACUAAACCAACUAUGCCUAUGACUAUGAAAAAAGGAGAUCUUCAUCCAUGCAAACUGGACUAGAAUCAGACCUGGUUCCCUGAGGUGAAAGCAGCAUGUAUAAUCCUUGCAUUCUGAAACACACCUAUUUUAUAUAGCUGAUUCUGUCAGAAAAUAUGAUUAAAAUUGUAGCAUGCCUGCUCUGUAUUCCAAUGUUUUAAUGUACAUGAUCAGAGACUUGUGCAACUGGGAAGCAGCAGUGGAAUGGGCCUUACAAUAAUUAUCUAAAAUUUUGCUUGUGAGCAUACAUUUUCACUCCAUUACUUUAAGGAUAUACACACAUAUCUCUCUAAGAGCCAGCAAAUAUAAAGUUCUGCACAUGACCUUGUUUUUGAUGUGGUGUUGAGGCCAUCUACUUGAUUUAAGAGACCACCUGAGUAGAAUCAACCCCUAAAUCUAUUCCGCACAGUGCUGGACUCCAACUAUCUGUCACACCAGUAGUCAUAUUCCCGACAAGACAAUUAUCCAAAAACUUUGACUGUAUUCUGUAAAGAAAGAGCCUAGAUUUAUACUGUUUCUUCCAUGAACUCAGCAUGUCAUGAAGUGCUUUACAAACAACAUAGAGCAUUUGAAGUAAACUCGCUUUUGUAAAUUAGGAAAGCAAUGGCUAAUUUGCCACAGCAAAUUCCUACAAACGGCAGUGGGAUAGAUAAUCAGAUAAUCUUUUUGAUAAUGUUUGAGGAUUGAAUAAUGACCAGGAUGUCUGAAGAUCUCGCUGCUCUUCUUAAAAUAAUGGGCCUCAGUUUAGCAACUUGUCCAAAAGACAAUAUAGCUCUUUCUUAGUAUUGCAGUAAAGUGCCAGAUGAACAAAUCUCUUGUGUGGAGGUUCUAUUAGUAGUUUUCUGAUUCAGAGGUUAGUGUGCACCAUUGAGCUACUGCUGACACCAAGAUUGACCUCCUGGGUUGGGAUCCAAAGAGAGUCCAGUGAUAGUGCCUCAGAAAUGAGAGAAUCAAGACCAGUGCAAUGAAGUGCGAAGGAAUUUUUCCUGUUUUGAACAACACCAAGAAACCAAACAAAACCAGGGGAACCAAACUCUUUGGAAUAAUGGUGGUCAAUUUUAAAGGAAGAUAUGUAAUUGCCGAAAAAGAGCAAAAUCUGUCUGAUUCUCAAAAUUAGAGUGAGCUAUAAUGAGCAACUACAUAGAGAAUACUUCUAACAAAACCCUGCAGUAAUAUAUUGUUAUUAGUUAUUGUUUUUCCAAUACCUGCCUCUUUGCAUUUAAAGCAUCAUUAAAUUCUCCCCAUGGAUUUUAUUUAGGGGAGGCUCAAGUUGGUGUAUAAAUCAAGUUGGUGUAUCUUCAACAUCAAGUCAAUAAAUAUGCAGCCGUUUUAUAAUUAACUUUCUAAAUUAAUUGCCUCAUAAUUAUUGUGCACAGAGAAAUGUUCUGCUGCGGGUAUUAAGCGAAAGGCAGUAUAAUUGUGACAUUGCUAACCAGUUGGAUGAAGAUGAUUGGGUAAUUCCCUAUCAAUCAAGCUUGGUGCCCACACUACUAUCAUUAAAUAAGAUUAAUCUUCUACACAUAAUUUCUAUGUAAUUAAACUACACAAUCUACAUUUUUCUGUUGAAUUUGCCCUGCUUUUAUUGGCAGACGUUGUUGUAGUUUCUGUUUCUUUUUUAUCACUGUCAUCACUGAGUAAAUUGACUUUAUUUACUGCUGAAUAGCCUACUCACUAUGAAUCAUCCUCUCCAUCCACCUCCAGUACAUUGAUUCACAUAAAGUUGUCAAUAAGUACUCUAAAUGAGGCUAAAAUGUUUGUCAAAAAUGAUCCCAGAUUACCAAGCUUGCUACAUUUGGGCUUUUAUUAUUACAUCUGUAAAUUGAAUUAUUUUGGUGAAAUGUAACAGAAGUUAAUAGGAUAUUGAUUUAGAUGUGAGUAUUUUUUGUAU